UGGUAGUUUUCCACGUAAAACAAAGGCGUUGUUUUGUUGACUUGGUCUUUUUUCUUAACAAGAAAAGCAAAGCAGACACAGACUUUAAUCCCAUCAAGGAAAUUAAAUUAAAUUAAUUGAGAUAUAGAAGUUUUGAGUCCGUGCAGAUUAACUAGGUUUUGGUGUGUGAAGGGUAAGAUAGCAUUGAUAGUAUUUCGUAGAAGAGCGCAUUGAAUCUCCUUUAAUCUGCUUUACCACCUUUUGUUUUUAUUGAUUCAUGGACAUGCUUUUUGCAGUGACUCCCCCUUUCAGUAAAAACCCGUUCCUAAUACUUGCUCUCCCUCUUUCUCUCAUCCAUGGGGUCCCUCUCUAGGGUCUACAAACCUUUUACACCCAUCAAAGAUCCUACAACAUGUUAACUCAGAGACACCCAUAAAAGCUUCAAGGGGGUUUCAUUUCAAGUCCUAUGAUGAAGAUCACACCAAAAUUUAAACCCUGUUUAUUCUUCCUUCAUGCUGCUACCUAGCUACCUCUUUCUAAUUUCCUUGCCUUUUUUCUUUCCUUUUCAGCCAAUUAAUCUUUAACAAAACCAACACACCGAUCUGAAGCAGCUAGCCCAAUCCCAUAUUUCUCAUAUUUGUCGAUUUGGUCGACAUGGACACCAACCAGAACACCACCACAAGUGCAUUCACAAAUGUGAACACCACUUGGAAUCUUGAAAAGAUGGAAACAAACGAACAACAACAUCAACAUCAACAUCAUCAUGACCAUAUUAUUCUCCAAGUCCAAGACCCUCUUGCUUCUGGGAUUUGGUCCAACAACUACCCCCACAGUCACAACCCCAACCUUCUUCAAAUGCAUCAAACACCCCCCACGACAACCUCGUCUGUUGUAGCCCCACCCUCCUCCUCGGGGUUCCUUGGAGACAUACUGGGUGUUCACAGCAUGGAAGAAGACGAGGAGCCGGAAGAAGAGCUGGGAGCCAUGAAGGAGAUGAUGUACAAGAUAGCUGCUAUGCAACCGGUGGACAUCGACCCCGCCACCAUCCGUAAACCAAAGAGAAGAAACGUUCGCAUCAGCGACGACCCUCAGAGCGUGGCUGCACGCCACAGGAGAGAGAGGAUCAGCGAGAAAAUCCGCAUCCUCCAAAGACUCGUUCCCGGGGGAACCAAAAUGGACACUGCUUCAAUGCUUGACGAAGCCAUUCGCUAUGUUAAGUUCCUCAAGAGACAAAUCAGGUUGCUUCAAUCCAUUCCUCACCCUUCCCAACCACCACAAUGCAUUGGUUUUGCCACCACAAACGCUAGCACCUUGCUAUUAGCCCCUUCCUGUGAUUGGUCUUUUGCACCAAACGUGUUACUCAGCUCCACCGCCGUAACCGCAGCCACGGCCUCUUCCUCCUCGAUGGACAUGCCGGCGGGACUCGGAUUCGACGGCCAUGGCCACGCUUGUGACGGUUCCACCAGCUUUAACCAGCACGAGGUAAUCAGUGAAUAAUUAGUGGCUGUUGAUUAAUUAGGUUACAUAUAUAAUUGUUGUAUUGGUUAUGUAUAUGUAUCUAUGUAUGUUUAUGCAUGAUUGAGAAGUGGUAGUGUAUGUUGAUGAGUGAUGUUGAGUUUGGGGAAACUAAAGGAAAAGGUUGAAGGAGGAAGUAGAGUAAUGUUUUAGGGGAGGGUCAUGUGGUGAGGAGAAAGGUUUGUUAGGAUAUUGUUGACUAAAGGUUCUGUAGAAUAAUCAUAACGCUUGGCUUCGUUACGUAAAGCCAUAUAUAUAUAUAUAUAUAUAAUAUAGAAUAGAAUAAUAAUGUGUAUGCCAGUUUGGGUUUUGGCCGGAAAGUGUGUUUGGCCGACUCU